CGCUGCGGAAUCGGAGCUUGGUUUUCCGGUCGACUCAGUCGAUUCACCUUAUUGUUGUUGAGCGGCACGGACGCGGAGAGAGAGAGAGAGAGGAAGAGGAAGGUGUUGAGGUCAGUGCGCGUUUGGAUUUUUGAUAGAAAGAGGGCGAAAAUGAAUGCGAGCGGCAAUGGAUUUGGGAGUGCGGAGGGCGAGUUCAUACAGAAGCACCACCAGCACGAGCCUGGCGAGAAUCAGUGUAGCUCAGCUCUGGUUAAGCACAUCCGUGCUCCUGUUCAUCUCGUUUGGUCUUUGGUAAGGAGAUUUGACCAACCGCAGAAGUAUAAACCUUUCAUCAGCAGGUGUGUUGUUCAGGGAAACCUUGAGAUUGGAAGUCUUAGGGAAGUUGAUGUCAAGUCAGGAUUGCCUGCUACUACAAGUACUGAAAGAUUGGAGCUCCUUGAUGAUGAUGAGCAUAUCCUCAGCAUCAGAAUUGUUGGUGGUGAUCACAGGCUUAAGAACUACUCUUCAAUCAUAUCUCUACAUCCUGAGAUCAUUGAUGGGAGACCAGGGACCUUGGUGAUAGAAUCUUUUGUUGUGGAUGUGCCUGAGGGAAACACCAAGGAUGAGACAUGUUACUUUGUUGAAGCAUUGAUCAAGUGCAAUCUGAAAUCACUAGCAGAUGUUUCAGAACGGCUUGCUGUGCAGGACCGAACUGAGCCCAUUGAUCGUAUCUGAAAAUUGGAAAGAGGGAAAUGAGAUGGAAGCUAUAAUAAUUGGCAUGGAUGAAGCUCUGCAUUUUUAUGUGUCUUGGAAACUUUGGAGACUGACUGGCAAUUUUGGAUCUUCCGUCUGCUGGAUAUAUUACUCUACAUUACUCUUGUUUAGCCAUAUUUCCUCGGAUAUGUUUGGUUUGAGGGAAACAAAGGGGAGAGGAGGGGAGGGAUGGCUUUUUUGACUAAUCAAAUUACAAUAUUUGAAAAAGUUAUAAUUUGAUUGGUUAAAAGCUCACCCUUCUCCUCCCUUCCCCUCCCCCACAUUUCCCUCAAACCAAAAUACUCUGUGUUUUCAAUUUAUCUGAUGGAGUUCCUAUCGUUAGCAGCACACCCUUCUUGGAUAGACUAAAGUUAGAAAAGGAAGAAAAAUAGACUCUGUUGUCAUUCUCUGUGAUUCAUAGGGCUUUUCGAUUCAGUAUUUUAAUGAUUGUAUAGGUACCUGCUUGAAAGAGUUCAGUAUUGUCUUUGGUAUAUUCUUGUUAGUUGCAGGUUGAUAGAAGUUCAAUUAGAGCGUGGUGGAAGUAAUGUAAUUAUCAAUUUUCGUCUUACGGACCACCUUGAUGAAAAGAUACUUGAAAUAGAGAAUUAUUUGCAGAACUUCUGCCAUAGUUUCUAGGAAGAUGCUUGUUUUGUUUAUUAAUUCAAAAUCAUGUCUACCAUAUUUUCCCUUUGCAUUAUUGGUGUUUGCCUUGUACGCUCAGUAUUUAGAAUUUUAGCUGGUCCUAGAAAAGUUGGACAUGGACAUAAACAUGCUCUGUUUUC